AGGAAAAUGCACUAAAUAGGCUACACUUCAAAAUUGAUUUUAAAGUGACAAACUAAAUUACUCUGCAUUCAGAAAUCAUUUUUAUAAAGAUGUCUUUCUCUAUUUGUCUUUUCUAUCUGAUUGGCCGUCUACAACAGGAAGUGAAUAGCCAUUAGGCAAUAUUUUAUAAGCAUUCAAAUGAUGAGGUAACAAGAACGUCAAAAAAAGGAUUAAGAGUUAUUGGGAAGCAAAAUGAAGCAAAUGUUGUAUCUCCUACAUCCAGUACUUUGGGUACUACCGAUGGUGGUUCUAAUGCUUACAGAAAAAGAAACCUUCAAGUGUUCAUCAAACCACAACUGCACCUGCUAUAAACGUGAAGAUUCUGGAAUUGUCUUUGCAGACUGUUCAAACCUGAAACUACAAUCUGCGCCAUUAUUCAAUGAUGAGGUAACCGGGAUAAUUCUCACACAUAACAACAUUUCAGAAUUUCCGGUUUCUCUUCCGCAGAAUAUUCGGUACCUUGAUAUAUCAAGGAACGCUAUAGAAACUAUAAACGAAACGUCGUUAUCAAACUACAAGGCCUUACACAAUAUCAGUCUCUCCGCCAAUAGACUAAAGUCCAUCGAACUAGGAUCCUUUUUAAAUUCAAGAUAUCUUACCCAUCUGGAUGUUUCUAAUAAUCAGGAACUGACUCUUGAAGUUUUGGUUAAUAUUUCACAUGACAUUAGUUAUUCCACGUCAAUUCGUGUUCUAAACUUGGAAAGUGUUCAAUGCACGUAUGGUGUGAGUUUCAUAAUUUGGAAAUACCACAUUUCGGAUUUAAAGACCACUCAACUGGAGCAGCUUAACUUAGCUUCCAACCGUAUAAACAGCUUGGAAUUUGGAGUAUUAUCAACAUUACCAAAAUCCCUAAAACAUCUUAACUUAGCUAACAAUGUUCUGAGUUUUGGAUUUUAUAUUUUAGAAUUUGGAAGUUUGCAUAGCUUGAUCACUAUGAAUGUUAGUUUUCAAUCUAAAUUCCACCAACUUAAAUACAAGGACUUUUUCAAUGUAUGUAAUGAUUCACGUACACGACAAAUAGGUAAUUAUGGGAGUUCACAUUCAAUUGUUACAGAUUCAAACAAAACAAAAAUAAGUCUUGUUUCGUCUACUGUCCGUCUAUACAUUCCACCUAGCUUGGAAAUCUUUUACUUUCACGAUAACAUGUAUAAAAUGACUCUUGAGAAAUUCGCCUUCUCAUCAAAAGGCCCACCAAAGAUUACGCAUCUGUAUUUUCAAAACAACAUCAUUUAUCAGUUAAAUGGUCCAAUUUCGGGCGCAAACAGUGUCCGAUAUAUGGAUUUAUCGAACAAUUUCUGCAAUAUCAUCUCUGAUUAUUUUUUUGACGACCUUAAAAAUCUGUCUUACCUUGAUUUAUCCCAGAACGUUUUAGGAAAAGUUUUAGAAGAUGACAACAGUGGGAACACUUUUCGAAAUCUUGUCAAUUUGACAACUUUGAACUUAAGAAGCAACCGAAUCUUUCGACUGCCUCCAGCCAUUUUUCGUAAUCUCAAUCAACUUGAAACUCUUGUUAUAAGUGAUAACUCUUUAAGUGAGUUUUCUGUACCAAUAGGAAACAUGCAACGCCUAAAGCGACUUGACCUCUCAAAUAAUCAGUUAUUAUUCUUGGAUGAAAAAACACGAAAUGCAAUCGAUUCCUUGUCACGAAAGAAAAUAUUACACGUGAAUGUAACAGGUAAUAGAUUAGCAUGUAUUUGUGAGCAAUUGGAAUUCUUAAAAUGGAUGGCUAAAUCUAAAAAUGUGAAGUUCAUGCAAUUUGAUGAUUAUCUUUGUACCUUUAGGAAUUCUUUUAAAGCUAAUUUUUCAGGUAUUGACAACUUGGUUCAAGUUAUGGAAAAACAUUGUGCCUCAUACAUAGUUACUAUUGUAAUACUGACGUCAUUGAUAUUUAUCACCUUGACAACAAUCUUUGGUCGCAUUCUUUAUAGAUACAGAUGGAAACUUAGGUAUAUGUACUACGUAGCAAGGGAAAAAUAUCGAGAUAAUGUUGAAAAUUUAGAUGGGACGACUGGCAGCUCGUUUCAUUUUGAUGCCUUUGUAUCAUAUGCCGAGAAAGACAGACGUUUUGUGAUUAAACUCGUGAAGCAGCUCGAAAAAGAGCACAAUCUGAAACUGUGUAUACACCAUCGUGACUUUAUUCCUGGAACAGGUAUUGCUGAAAACAUCACUAACGCCAUUCAUAACAGCAGACGAACUGUGACUAUUAUGACGUCACACUUUUUGGAUUCCUAUUUGUGCAUGUUCGAGUUAAAUAUGGCACGCAUGGAGGCUAUUUAUUCUCGAAACGGUGAAAAUAUUCUAAUUUUAGUGGUCUUAGAAAAACUUGCAAUUGCAAAUCUUCCAUUUUCUUUUAUUGAUCUCAUUGAAAGCAAUUCUUACCAAGAGUUUCCAGAAAACGGGGAUGAUAGUGAAGAAUCAGCUUUCCGCUUGAAGCUUGCUGCAACGUUAAAGUCCCGUGAAGGCGACUUUAGGACCUCAUCUUCGAAUGGAGCUGCAUGAGAUUAAACAAGUAUUCGGUUUAAGGAAAUGACUGGCAUGUAAUAUUGAUUAAUGGUCAGCUCUGUUAAUGUAAUGUAAUGCAACUUAAAGCAUUUAGAUAUAUGCAAUAAUCAUUAUAAAUAAGAUAUAUU